AUGUUUAUCCGCGCUGUUGUACCUCGUCUGGCGACGCUGCUUGUCCUUGCGGCCACGACCCUGGCCAAGGUCAAUUAUGAAGACUGUGUGCUAACGGACAGCCAAAGUGCCACCAUGGCGGACGCUGCCUCCCAACUUUUGGGUUGUUUGUCCCAGAACUGGCAGGCACUGUGGAAUAACCUCUCAACCAACUGCCAAGCAGUCCCCGUCUACAAACAACUUCAGGAUGAGUUUAUCUCCGGCUCCGACAAGGCGUGCCAAUCCAAUGCGGACGUGGUUGAUCAUUUCCGGCGCAUCCUCGAUCUGUGGGGAGUGACCCUCAGCUGCCAACGUCAGAACGUGACCCGGGCUGUCAUGAUCGCGGUCCUCGUCAUUGCCAUCUGUGUGCCCAUCAGCUUUUACGUCGUGGUCUAUUUCUAUCAGACGCGCACAAAGCCCGAACGGCAUCAAAAAAAGCCAGGAGCACAAUCAGAAACCAAGCCGUUGUUGUUCAAGGCAAAACGAGAUGAACACGUCGCAGACGUUCUUCGUAACGGUGGGAAAAUCAUUGAGCCAGAGUCUUUCCGCCGCAGUGCCAGCAGUGGCUCCAUCAAGUCCACCUUGAGUCUGCCGCCCAUGUUUGUGGACCACUCCGAUCCUAAAAAGCUCCGCCCGACCUGGUCGAAAUCACCAAUGCCCUCGCCCAAGGCUCCCGUGACACCCUCUACCUCUCAGCCUUCGUCCCCGCGCAAAACCUCGGCGCGCUCGACCAUUAGCGGGUCAGAGUCAGUCCCCAACACCAUGUCUGGAGACAGCGAUGUACGACCAACCCGCAGCCAUGCAGCAGCGCCCACGACUUUGACAAAUCUGACCGAAGAAGAUGCCGGUGCGGAGGUGGAUGUGCCGCGUCGGCCAAUCUUUGUUCGACAACUGACUUUACACGAACAGGAGGUGCAUCGCCACGAUAGCACAUCUGAUGAAGCCCCUGCCGAGCGCUGGAACUAUAGCAUCAACGACGACCGAGGCGAUGACCCCGACAUGGAGGACGAGGACGAUGAUCUUGUUGUGCUGCGCCACCUAUCUGCACGAGACUCAUCCCAGGCGUGACCCGCGCUGUCAGCGUGGAGUCCUCAAGCUAGAUCAUGCCUACUCUGCUUGAGCACACCUCGCAUUUCCUUUUCAUCGUAGUUGAACUGUCAAGUCAAUUUAUCUUAGUAUCAUG